AUGACCCUGCCUCACACAAGUACUAUAUCUCCAUGGACGUAUCCUUCUUUGAGAAUCACCUUUUUUCUCAGUUUCUCCUUAGAGGAGAGCAGGGUUGAGGAGGAGAAACACACCGGCACUCAAACUCAAUUACCUCCUCUUCUUGAUCCUCCAUUUCGUGUCUUUCUUCGCCGCCAUAACAGCCAGCAAAAUUCAAGAGCCAUGGAACUUAAAACUAUGCAACCAACAUCAUCAGACUCUCCAGAGGUAGAUCCUCCUCAUCAGCCAGCUACAGCAAGGAUCCUUAGAUACCUCAAGAAGUUCCUAGGAGCUGGUUUGCUAUUCGAGAAACAUGGGCAUUUGAAGGUUGAAGUAUAUACAGAUGUUGGUUGGGCAGGGGCAGUCGAUGACAGAAAGUCUACCAAUGGGUAUUGUACCUUCGUGAGAGGAAACUUAAUCACCUGGAGAAGCAAGAAGCAAAGUGUGGUGGCUAAGUCCAGUGCUGAAGUGGAAUACAGAGCUGUCUCAUGA